AGUCAAAUAUUCAGGUUAUCCACGGAAUGUCAUUAUUUAUUCUUUUUUUGUAAUGUAUAUAGCUAACAUGCUAACAUUAGGUUAACCUUAAACCCUUAAAAAUUUGUUUUGAUUUUGUGUAUACUCUCUGUAAUAAGUUAAUUUAUUUCCAACAUUACCAUGAAAAAAUCCUUAUGAUUGCAACCCGAUGACAGUUCUUAUUGUAUUACGUAAUACACACGCUGUCUUUCCUAUCUAGUUACCGAUCUGACAGCCAAACAAUAAAUAACACUUACUGUUUUCAAUGAGUAUUUCCCGUGAGGGAUCCGUUGGAUAUCAAUCCACGAGUUCUUCAAGAGAUCCGAUUUGGACUAGGGUUUCUAGUGACCCUGAAGGAGACAGAUUUUCGUAUGGAGGUUCGAUUGAAACUCUGCCACGGGGAGAAAAGAAGAGUCAGCAAUCGGGACCUGAUGGGGGUCUCAAUGUCAUUUCUGCGGCCAUCUUUGUGGCAGGAGAAAUGGCUGGCAGUGGAGUGCUGGCCAUACCAAAGGCUGUGGUUGACUGUGGGUGGAUAGGGUUGGUGUUGGUGGUUGUGUUCUGUCUGAACGCUGGCUACGGUGGCACUAGGCUGGGUCACUGCUGGGCUAUAAUCGAGGAGAGAUACCCGGAAUUCCGAGGGCAGACUCGAAAUCCUUACCCCACUAUAGCUAACAAGGCUGUAGGCAGAUGGGGCAGUCUGCUGGUCUCAGGGUGUAUGCAGUUCACCCUGUUUGGAGCCUCCAUAGUGUAUCUUCUGCUCUCAGCUCAAAUAGUACAAGAGCUGCUGAAGGAUCUCUUACCGCAGGUGGGCUACUGCCUCUGGUUCUUCCUCUUUGCGAUUGUCAUCACACCUCCAAUGUGGCUUGGAUCACCUAAAGACUUCUGGAUUGUGGGGGUAGGAGCUCUGCUUACUACUGCAUUGGCUUGUGUUCUCAUCUUCACCCAGAUAGUAAUGGAUGGCCUCCGUCUCACUGAGCCAGUACCACAUAAUCCUCACACAUUCCAAGACUUUUUCUUCUCCUUUGGCACAAUACUGUUUGCCUAUGGAGGAGCCUCCACCUUUCCCACCAUUCAGAACGAUAUGGUCCGCCGGGACAAGUUCUCGGUCAGUGCAACCAUUGGGUUUAUGGUUGUGUUAGGCUUGUACUUGCCGGUGGUGGUGGGCGGCUACUUUGUCUAUGGAGACAACAUCGACGCCAACGUCGUGAUUUCGCUAAGUCGAGGGAUGAUCGUCUCAUUCGCCAACAUUCUGAUGGCUGUCCAUCUCAUCUUCGCAUUCUUCAUAAUUGUGAACCCUGUGUGUCAGCAAGUGGAGGAAAUAUUCCAGAUUCCCCACGAGUUCUGCACGAAGAGGUGUGUGGCACGUUCACUGAUGGUCCUGCUCAUGGUUGUGGUGGGAGAAACCAUUCCUAAGUUUGGCAAGAUUCUAGCUUUGGUGGGAGGCUCAACCAUCACUCUCACUACAUUUGUGUUGCCUAACUAUUUUUAUAUGAAACUUUGUGACCAGAAAAGCUUGGAUUGGCCUGAAAGGACGAUCCCCCUGCACAUGAGGGUGUAUAUGUGGGAGCUGAUAGUGGUAGGUGUGGUGGGGGGAACCUUCUCCACGUAUAGUGCCAUCAACUCCAUCUUUUCUGCAGAUUCCAUCACAAGGCCCUGUUACUGGUCUUAAUUGAUUAUGUAUGAAAGAGGUAUUUUUUUAGUCUUACAGAAUAUGUCAAACACCCAGAAAAGCUUUAGCCACUUUAUAUAAAUGUGUUGCUUAGUAUUAAAUAUAGGUUUUUUUAAAAACAUUCUAUAUAUUUUUUCUAGGUAUGACUUGUACUUGAUGUUAUUGUUACAAGCACAAGUUAAGAUUAAAAUUCACAAGUCUUGUUAAAAUCAUUUUAAUACCUUGAAUUGCGAACAUACCUUUUACAAAUUGUAUGUAACUUCUUUCAGCAGUCUAUAAUGUCACAUCUUUCUGGUUCUGAUUAAAUAUGCCAUAGUUGUAUAAAAGUGAAUAUAUUAUAGGGUAUUUAUAAAAAUAAAAUUUGAAACAUUUUUCAAUUUGAAAAGUUUUUUGGGCUUUCAAAUCCUCCCUCUACUAUGCAAACCUGAUCUUAAGAUUCUUAAAUCAUAUUAUGGUUUGUAACAUUUCAUAAGUAGCACAUAUACCAAUGCAUGCUGUUCAUUCAGUUUUUAGAAUUAUGACAAAAAUGAAACGUAACUCAUACCUCUUUAUUGUUGGUUGCAUUCAAAAAUACAUAUUUUUCGAGUUGAAAAUGGUCUUUCUUAUUUACUUUAUCAUACACAACUAUUUAAAAGUGUUUUAGAACAAUCCAUUAGUAGGUGUGUGAACUUAAAUUGGUGAAGAAACUUACUGCAAUUUAUCAGAGUUGCCCGUACUCCUCUAAUUUGGGAGUUGUUUUAUUGAAAAGGUUCAGUCUUGUUACUAUAUCAUUCCAUUAUUAUCUAAUUUUCUUCCUUCUCCCUGCUUAUUUACAAUUAAAUUCCUGGCAAUGUUAAAAUACCUUACAUAAUCAUACUAAAUACGAGGCAUGUUUUUAAAGUAAGUACGGUUUUGAUAUAAAAAAAACAAGUAAAUUUUUCAAACAAAACUUUAUUUACCUGAAAGAGAAUUCUUUCCUCUACUUCUCUACAUAAUUUCCAUUCUCUCUACAUUAUUAUUAAGGCACUUGUCGUAUCUUGGGACCAGCUCUUGUAUGCCGUCAUCAAAGGAGCUUGCCGUCUGACUGGACAACCUCUGUUGCACAGACGUUUUUACUUCUUUAUCAUUGGAAUGACACUUCCCUGCCAAAUGCGUCAAAAGUGCAGAAACAAAUGGUAGUCGCUAGGCGCUAGAUUGGGACUGUAUGGAGGAUGGUCCAAUUGUUCCCAGCCAAAUGAAGUGAUGAGCUCUAGCAUUCGAUUUGCUGAAUUUGGACGAGCAUUAUCGUGGAGCAAAACGAUGCCUGCACUCAGCAUGCCAAGCCUUUUGUUUUGAAUUGUGCGGCACAGUUUUUUUAAAGUUUUACAGUACGCGGCUGCAUUAAUCGUUUCACCGCGAGGCAGAAAAUUGACCAACAACACAUCCUGUCUGUCCCAAAAGACAGUGCACAUGAUUUUCUGGGCAGAAAUUGCUUGCUUGAAUUUGACUUUCCUAGGAGAUGUUUAAUGCCGCCAUUCCAUUGACUGUUGUUUUGAUUCUGGUGUAACAUAGGCUACCCACGUUUCAUCGCCUGUAACGAUAUGGCUUAAAAAAUAAUCGCCCACGUUACUGUAACGCUCGAGAAAGCUCAAUGAACUACCCAAUCGUUUGGUUUUGUGCUCAUCAUUCAACAUUUUCGGUACCCACCGUGAACACAGUUUCCGAUAAUUUAAACGUUCAGACACAAUUUUGUAGAGAGCACUUCUUGAUACAGCAGGAAAUUUUUCAGCUAAGGACCAAAUUGUGAACCAUCUGUUCUCUUUCACUUUACAGUCCACUUUUUGAAUGAGAUCAUCGGUAAUGACUGAAGGUCACCCACUUCGUUCCUCAUCAUGAACGUUUGUGCGGCCAUCUUUGAAGGCCCUAACCCAUUUUCGCACCAUUCCUUCAUUCAUAAUGUUUUUACCAUAAACUUUACUGAUUUGACGAUGAAUGUCAAUUGCUUUUAAGCCUUUAGCACAGAGAAAACUAAUCACAGCACGCACUUCAGAGUCGGCGGGAUUCUCGAUAGUCGGCAGCAUUUUAAAAUAAACAAACGAAGACUCGAUCAAACGGCGUUGUAAUGGCGUCUGUGGCUUCCCAACUGAUGUAGCUACACUACGUGCAUGCGCUAAAUGGCAACUGCAGCGCUGCGGCGGCGUAAUUUAAAAACGGUACUUACUUUAAAAACAUGCCUCGUACUUCUAUUUAAGAAGAACAUACAUUCUGUAAUAAAACUUUAUGACAGAUCAAUUCUUUGGUUAUUUCCCUUCAUCAUUAUUAAUUAAAUUACACCAUGUUUUUGUGUAUUGAUAUUUUAUAACAUGUAAUGAUUUAAAGAAUAACAAAUACAAGUAGCAUAUUGGUCUAAUGGUUCAGUGUUAUGGAUAUAGUAGAUUUAAAAUAAAAUUUUCUAUAGUUUAUUCAGCAUUCUAGGUAGGUUGCUGAAGAAGUUAUGUACAAUUUUUAAAAUCGGUAUAUAGUUUUUUAAAUAUAACAUUUUUGUUUUUACAAUGCAUGCAAAUAAUUCAUUGGGUACCACUUCCAAAGAAAACAUGUCUGUGUAUUACUUUAUGAGCCUAAUGCACUAAUGCAAGUGUAACUCAGGCCAUACUUUCAUAGACUUUCGUCUGUGCCUUCAUACAGUGUAUUAGAUUUCUUAGAAAUCAUUACACAUUUGUUUAGUUAUUAUUAAUUUUAUAAUACCCAUUGUUAAUCUUGGUAAUAUAUUGAGUAAAUAUUUAAAUUAUUAAAGAGCUGUGAUAACAUUUGAUAUAACCUUUAUAUUGUAAUAUAAUUUUUGUGUUUGAGUGAAUUAAAUGACAUAAUAGUUGAAAGCAGAGAUAUAUAGCUCACCGUAGUUACUGAUAUGCCUUGACAAUAAUAAUUUAGUUUCAGAACAACAAAUUAAGUCCAUGACAAGGAUAGGUGCUAUCUACCAUAAUAUAAUUUAUUUCUUUUUAAAUAUUUUUAAGAGGUUGUUUAGAGAUAUACCAUCUUCAUCACCUGAGUAAAUAAUUUUCCUGUGAGUGACAAAAUCAUUUUCUGCAACACAAGUUAAUAUGUUCUAAUGUUGUGUACACACAAUUACACCACCAAAAUUACAUUGUAAGACUAUUUGUUCAUGUUUAAAUACAAUUGAUUCUCAAACCUGCACCUUUGAGAUUGUUUGUAAAUUAUGACAUCAGUUAAACCAAUUUUCAGACCCUUUCCUCUUCAUGUAAUAAUCCUACUGCUAUAAUUCUGCAUUUUCCUAGUUGGUGUCAUCAUUGAACAAAUUAUGAAAUCAUCAGUAUAUAAUACAACAUUAUCUUUAAGUUCUUAUAACUCUUGAACACUUAUAGCGUCAAAACAAUUUAAAACCAUAAGAGUAGAGCAUCUUUAUUUAAUAAGUUGACUUUGCCUAUUCAAUCUAAAGUUGUCAAUGGCAAUAAAAUUCUUGAUUGAUUUGAUUCCUAUUAAAAAUACAAGAAAGUGAAUUGAAAGCAUGAGCAUAGUAAAAUUAUUUGAUACCAAUAAUAAGUGUGAUGUUAUGUUUCUGUAACUCUAAUGAAUAAUGAGUUUUUCUGUAAGUAAGGUCAGAAGCUAAGGGAAAUAGGACUGUCCACCUGGGGUUUGAGAUCAAGUAUUUGUGUUGAGGAGAAGCAUUUGUACCAUAAAUACAAUUGCUUGCUACUUCAGAAGAUACACAGAAUUAUUGUAAAAUAUUGCAAGUACUAAUGCUGUUUUUGAUAUUUUCAUGUUGAAGCUAAAUAUCAUAAUAGCGUAAAAAAUAUUAAAUAUUCUGUUUUGUUAGUGUAA